GUAAAAAAUGUUUCAGUUCGGUAGUAGAUACGCGUAAGCAUCAAACAGUACUAGUUCAACGUGGAAUUAGUAUACGUAGAUUCUGUGAAAGCUUAGAAGGAUAUAAUAUAGUGCUUGAAAGGAAGCAUGGCGUCAAAUACGCGAGUGCAGAAUAUCCUCCACUACAUUAGGUGUGAAGCUAUACUAAAAAUGGAUUUGGACUCGAUUAUAUUCUACGAUGACGAAUGGAUCUUGUAUAAUGACGGCACGUAUCAGUUCAACUGGUUAAAUGAAAAUCAUAAUUCUGGAGAGAACAAAAUGCAGCAACUUGGAGUUUGGUGGAAUAAGUUUGGGAUUAUCGAAUAUUUUGUUAGACCAUCUACAAAUUUAACGAGUGCACUGUUUAAUAAUUCAUUUAAAAACGUAAAUUUAAAGCUGCGUUGUUCAAAAGAUGUUGACAAACAAUAUAAUUUAAUAGUAGAUUUUACAAACCCAGAGUUCACGGUGGAUACAUAUAAAUAUAUAAGAGAAAAAAACUUCACGAUUCUUUCGUUGCCACCUGAAUCUGAAAAAGACUCGCCAACCAGAUCUUAUUUGUUCAAAAACUUUAAUCAAUAUAUUCAAAAUAAAAAUAAAAAAUAUAAUGGAGAUGUAAUAAGAGCGAUGGAAGACUUUCUUAAAAAAGAGCCCACAUUUUUUGAGGAAGGGGUUCUUGCCUUUACUGAAAAUUGCAUGAGAUAUUGCAAUAAAAGUAGAAGAUCAGUUGAAGUUCCACUGAUUAGUCCCAAAUGCUAUAUGGAAAAUUAACACGAAUUUACGUUUUCUACUAUUUGAAUGCUUACAUUUAAUCAAAACACUUUAUUAUGCAUGAUACUUUCGUGAUUUUUACCAAACUUGGUGUAAAUCUAUAUGAAUAAACAGAUUUCUGUCAAUAAAUCAAAUAAAAGAAAAUACUUAUA